GUCAGGUGAAUCAGCUGGUGGGGCUGGAGGUUCAGUGUGUUGAUAGAGGAGUGUUACGUCAGGUGUAGAUGGAUGCUACCGUACCAAUGUCAUACCCAACUGUGUAUGCACCAAUGGGAACUGAUGACUUAGAUGACCUUCAGGAUACAACUGUGUAUGCAUCAUCUGAUGACCUAGAUGACCUCCAGGAAGCAGUGGACAAAAAAGCCUGCAAUCAGUAUGUCAUCCAAAACAAGACUCACUUGUUUUAUGGAGGAUAUGAAGGAAUUCCUGAGAAUUUGUUAAUCAACUUUCUAGGAUGGAUUUUGCUUCUAAUCCUAUUCACUGUACUAAGAAAGAAGGCUUGGAAUUAUGGACGAUUGGCAUUAGUUCAGAAGUAUGAGAGCAGGACAAAGCAUCUUGGCUUCAGUCAGUACAAUGUGUGGACACAAAUCUUCUAUGGGAAAGAGACUGACAUGGGAAAAGUGGCAGGGGAGGCUGACUCUGUGUCCUCCCUGGAGUUCAACAUGCACAUAGACAAGGGUUUGUUCUCGUGGAUCCUGGCAUUGUUCAAAAUCAAAGAUGAACAGAUUUUGACGAAGAGUGGAAGAGAUGCCAUCAGUUACCUGUCCUUUCAGCGUCACAUAAUUGUAUACAUGAUGAUAGUGUGUGUCAUCAGUAUUGUCAUUGUUCUACCGAUCAACUUUCAAGGAACACUUGCGGGUGAUGAGAAGGAAUUCGGCCACACCACCUUGGCCAACCUUAGUCCUCGAUCUCGAUUGAUGUGGGUACAUGUUACCCUGGCCUUCCUUUUCUUGCCUCUUGGAAUCUUGUUCACGCGAAGAUUUUCUAAGAAACUUGAACUUCGUGAAGUCACAACCAGUGUCUCUCGCACACUCAUGAUUACAAGGGUACCACGGAGAUCUUGUCACAAGGACACAAUUUUAAAACAUUUCCAAGAGGCCUAUCCUGAAAUUGAGGUCCACGAUGUCCAGUUUGCAUAUGAUAUUAGAUCCCUCAUCGCCUAUGAUAAGGAGAGGGAAGUGGCCCUGAAUGCAAAGCUGUUCUGUGAGGCAUACCUGAAAGAAACAAAUAGACGCCUUGAUAUGAGACCAUAUAGAUGUGGAGUUAUCUGUGGCUGCUGUGACAUAUUUGGUUGUCCAACUGUGGAUGCCAUUGAAUACUAUGCAGAAGAAGAAGCUCGCUUGUCCAACCAUGUUGAGAAUGAGAAAGUCAAAGCUAUGCAGCGACCUACAGGUGUAGCAUAUGUUACAUUUGAUUCUAUUGAAAAUGCGAAGAAAGUUAUGCUUGAUCACAAAACUAAAUGUGAUUGUUUAAAGAUUCCUCCCACUUCCUCUGUAUCAGUGGAGCUAAAACCACACAACUGGAUCAUCAGGGUUGCACCAGCUCCUGAAGAUAUCUAUUGGGGAAACCUCUCGGUAACGAAUCGUCAUUGGUGGCUGAAGGCAGUUCUUCUCAAUCUUAUUCUUUUCGUGGUGUUGUUUUUCCUCACAACACCUUUUGUCCUCAUCAAUGUUCUCGAUAUUAUCCCCCUCUCUGGAAAACUUCACAACUUGAGCCCAGUUCUGUCAGAGUUCUUUCCAACCUUGUUUAUAUGGAUCAUAGCUGCGCUUAUGCCUGUUAUUGUGUCUUAUUCAGACCAGUUCAUGUCCCAUUGGACACGUUCUUCAGAGAACCACUCUAUCAUGAGGAAGACUUUCAUCUUCCUUCUUUUCAUGGUCAUCAUAUUGCCCUCACUUGGGCUGACCAGUAUAAAAGGUUUAGCAGAAUCGCUGUUCAGGCAAAGUUCAAAUAAUGAGACUAUCCGCUGGGAAUGCAUUUUCCUCCCUGAUAAUGGUGCAUUCUUUGUCAACUAUGUCAUCACUUCUGCCUUCAUUGGAACAUCACUUGAGCUCAUUCGGUUCCCAGAGUUAUUCAUGUACAUAAUGAGACUAACUCUUACCAGAUCUGAAGCUGAAACUGCCAGUGUGCGACGAGCAAUCCUCUACGAGUUUCCAUUUGGUGUUCAGUAUGCGUGGAUGUUACUGAACUUUGCCUUGACCAUUAUCUACUCAGUUUCAUGUCCACUCAUUACCCCAUUUGGUACAUUAUAUAUGGUCUUCAAACACCUGGUGGACAAGUACAAUAUCUACUUUGCUUAUGGGCCCUCAAGAAUUAACAAAAACAUCCACACCUCAGCCAUCAACUUUGUAAUAGUGUCCAUUGUUUGUCUGCAACUCAGUCUUCUGUUCCUCUCUCUUAUACGACAAGGUUUGAAAAAAGAUAUUACUAUAUACAGCAUCAUCUUACUCAUUAUAACAUGCCUGGUGUUUAUCACCCACAACGCCUUCCACUGGUUCAAGGAUCUAAGCCCUGUGGAGUAUAAGAAGUUUGGCAAUGGUCAUGCAAAUGGUGAUACUGCAUCUGUUAGUGAUGAUGGAAACGAUGAGGAAAUCACAACAGCAGAAGUGGCGUGUAAGUUUGUUCCGCCUGUCCUGCGAGACGCUCCAUCUGGAGUGGAGACAAGUUACUCAUAUAUCCAGCCACGCAGUUAUGGAACACGACCAUUGGAGGAGGAUGGAUUCACGGUUGAUGGUGGCCCUUUGAGCACUUUAGAAGGAAGUCCUAUAACAAGAGAAAGGCAGCCCGCAGAACUCUACCAGGAUUAUUCUCAUCCUAAGGUAACAACUGUCAGUGCAGAGAUCAACAUUCCUCCAGCAUCUCAACCACCAACUGAGGAAGAGGAGGAGGACACUGUAUACACCCGAGCAUCCCCAAGACAGCCUUCCCCAACUGUAGUUGCAGUUGAUGGCAGUGUGGCCACUGGUUCCUCACCAACCACCAUUCACAGUAAUCAAAGACACUCACACUCUGGUCUUGAUAACAAUGCACCUGCCACUAAUGUUUAAGCUAAUAAACAAUUUUUUUUAUAGAUAAUUGAUAAGCAAUUUACUUGUAUAAAAAAGUGAUAUAUAGUAACUUGAAGAGCUCUCACAAAUAUGACUUCACUUCUUGCAUUGUGGCUGUUAUGCAUAAUGGAAAAAUGUAAGCUUUAAUGCAAUGAGCUUGUUACACAACCGAAUUGUGAAGAUACCAAAGAGGGACGGCUCAAGCACAAAUGACUAGCAAGUGACUUUGCUUAUGAUAUAAUUCUCAUGACAUAUUUCCUGAUUUUUUGCAAGGUAUUUCUUUAAGCAAUAACAUGUUUGCUUUUCACUGAUGAUACUGUAUUGCCAAAACGUGUUACUUGAACCUUUUAUAAUUUAACAAAUAUUUCAGCCAUUUUUUAAGAGUAAAUUAUAAGUCAUUAAUAUAGUAAUAUAUUCUGUGUCUUACUUUGAGAGCUGCCAAUAGGGUUGACUUGCUUUCUUAGCAACUUACCCUGUUCUCUGUGUCAGUGAAAAACACAAAUUGAUCAUCUGCAUUUAUUCUUAAUUUGGAAAACACAUCUAAAUUUAAGAACUACAUAGCCUCUUUUAAUUGAGUUGAGUUAAAGAUGGCAAACCAAAAGAAAUUAAGAUUUUGUAAGUUGUGGGAAAAUAUUAAUUUAAGUUCUGUAGAGUCACCUCACAGAAGUAUGAUAUUACUGAAAGAAAGGGAUGAGGAUGGAAAUGAUAAUAAAUCAUAUCUAGAUGGAUAAGUAAGCAAGGAAGCCCACUCUGACCUCAAGAAUUUUGUUCCUAUGUUAGGAUUAAGAGGUUAAUGCAAAGAAAGUAAGUCUAUGAUUAAAAAAUUCAUUCUAAAUCUCAUGUAUAUUUCAGGAGUUAUUUUUCAGGAUUUGGUUUUAUAGUUUUAGGUUCAUUCAGCAAUUGAUAAAACAGAUUGGGUAUUACAGUACCUGCCAAUCUUUAGCUCUAUUCUCCAGAUGCUGUAGCUUGUAAGACCCACAUUCUUAAUAUUUUGGAUAUAGGAUAACUGUGUACCUGUGCACUAUAUUAUUCAUGAUAGUGCACAGGUAUACAGCUAUCCUAUAUCUGUGUACCUGUGUACUAUCAUGAAUAAUAUAAAUGUAUUUCUCAAUUUUAUUCUA